UGGCGGCGUUGGCGGCGUUUCCGGCGAGGCGAUCGCGGCCCUUCCGGCGGCGCCAUGCGGAUCGAGAAGUGCUACUUCUGCUCGGGGCCCAUCUACCCGGGACACGGCGUCAUGUUCGUGCGCAACGACUGCAAGAUAUUUAGAUUCUGCAAAUCAAAAUGCCACAGAAACUUUAAAAAGAAGAGAAAUCCCAGAAAGAUGAGAUGGACCAAAGCAUUCCGGAAAGCGGCUGGCAAAGAAUUGACAGUGGAUAAUUCAUUUGAGUUUGAAAAACGUAGAAAUGAACCAGUGAAAUACCAGAGAGAGUUGUGGAAUAAGACUGUUGAUGCAAUGAAGAGAGUGGAGGAAAUAAAGCAAAAACGCCAAGCCAGAUUUAUAAUGAACAGGUUAAAGAAGAGCAAAGAGUUGCAGAAGGCACAAGACAUCAAAGAAGUCAAACAGAGUAUCCACCUCCUUCGUGCUCCACAUGCGGGCACACCGAAACAGCUGGAGGACAAAAUGGUGCAGAAGCUACAAGAGGAUGUGGCUAUGGAAGAAGACUCUUAAAAUGCUUUUAUUAUCUAUUUAUAUCUCUUCAGCAGCUAACAGUUUCCUACUUCCUCACCUGCCGUUGUUCCGAUCUAUGCUUACGGUUGAAGGAAAAGUACAUUUUAAUGAGCAGUGGUGACUUAGAGUUUGAAUGACUUUUUGUUUUAUAAAAGACAGGAUGGAUACUGGUUUGGGGAGUACUUAGAACUGUGUCGUUUGGGAAAACUUUGUCAGCAGGAUGAAGCAUAAGGCAUAUUGCUUGAGAUACGCUGUGCUCCUUGGAAUGCUACACUCUUUCUGGAUAACUUUUCCCUGAUAAUUCAAAGAAUAAAGAAUGUUGGCUGUGAGUAUUUCUUAUUUUGUCUGUUCUUUCAAAAUGGUAAAAGCAGAUAAAAAUCUAUCUUAAUGCCUAGGAGUUGGGGCAGGUUGUAUUGUUUUUGAUGAGUCCAGUACAGUCCAGAGUUAUUUUCACUCUUGUUACUGGGAAAACUUUUCCAUUUGUUAUGAAUGUGCAUAGUGUUUGUUUUAUCUCAUUUUCAAGACAGCUUCCCCAGGGCUACUUUGCAGUUGACACCUAAACCUGGCAAAGCUAACAUUGAUAUAGGGCCUCCUGGUGUUUGGAAAACGGUAGCUGUGAUAGCAUCUGUUCUCAAGUUGGACCUGUCAUCCUCCAAACCAGCCGAACUUCAAGUCUGACAUGUAAUCAGCCUGACUGACGUGCUCGAUAAAUUGCACUUUCACGGUUUUCGCCUAACCCUUGGGAUUGUUGUGAUAGAAAAGAAGAUCAUGUUAAAGCGUAGACAUUUUGCAUAUUGUAGUGGAAUUUAUUCAGUGUGUCAUCAGUACUGAGAUAAAUACUCUGCUUUUUUAAACUGUCAGCAGUUUAUCUACAACAGCGUGAUCAGAGGAGCCUCUCAAAGGCAUUUAAAAUAGUAUUUACUUUCUUGUCAUUGCUAGUUAUCUUAAAAUGAGUAAUUUGUAGUUCUAUUCCAAGCUGUUAUCAAGUGCUGGAAAACUUUCUUGUGCCUGCCACCUACAUGUGUGUUGUCUAGUUCCAAAAACAGUCUCAUUGGAAGACAUGA